AUGGUCAAGCAACCAGAGUGGAAGAAGCAGAAGGAGAGCAACCUCAAGAAGAAGAGCCUCAGCAAACUUCAAAACAUGUGCACAGUAAGUUAA